AUAUUUUUUCCAGAUAUAUCCAGUGUCUUAUUUUACAUAAGCUUACCGCAUGAAAUAAUUAUUAUAAAAGAAUUGAAAAAUGUUGUUUAAAGAUCUAGUCACUGCUAAAACUGCUCUGAAUUUAAUGUCAAAUAUGCAUGUAGAGUUUUACUUACAAUUAGAUGAUCAGGAACCACACAGAGGUUUCUUUGCAUGAGUUGAAAGGCGAUUUGAUUGUUCAGAUCCUCAAAAAAAGCUGCCCUGUAGAACAAAAGCAAUAAAGCAUCGUAAAAAGUAAUGAAUCAUUUUUUGCAAAACAUGCACUGAUAGUUUCCUACUCUUAGUCACUAACAUGUUUGCCCUGAUUUUCCUGAUUUUGAGGUUUUGAGGGUUUGGAUAUGCACGGAAAUCUAAAUCAGUUCAUACAAAAAAAAAUACAUACAAAAAAAACCUUCCAAAAGUGCAAAGAAAAAAGCUCUGACCUAAAGAUGACUUGCAGUUGCAAAGUUGUUCUGAAUAGUCCAAGUGUAAUUAUAAUUAAGUCCAGUAAGACUAGUGUGACAUCUUUUUUUAAAAAAAACAACAAAAAAAAAAAAGUCAGACACCAGAGCAGAUAUUGAUCAAUCUUGUCAGGUGAGUGUCACGGCCACCCAGAUUUCAUUUCCAGAAGGUACAUCUGCAACAGGUGAGCAGUGACACACCUCCAGAUAACCAGCUAUAAAUGCAGCUGCACCCGACGCAGAAAUUACAAGAGAGCUUCUUCACCCAACAGAUCUUCACCAGACAUCACACGAGAGCUUCAGCCAACCGAUCUUCAGAUCUUCACCAUGGGGAACUUUGUUGCUUGCUGCAAAGGCUUCUGGUGCAGAACCAAAAACCCUGAUGUCCGGAUCAGCCUGCCUGGGGUCUGCUUCGUGUGGCAGAUCGCCAUGAUCAUCCUGUUUGGAUUGUUUGUGCGUUACAAUGAAGAGUCGGACGCGCACUGGGCCGAGCACAGACAAAAGAAGAACAUCACGAGUGACAUAGAGAACGACUUCUACUACAGAUACCCAAGUUUUCAGGAUGUGCAUGUGAUGAUCUUUGUGGGUUUUGGCUUUCUCAUGACCUUCCUGAAACGCUACAGCUUCGGCGGGGUCGGAUUCAACUUUCUCAUCGCCGCCUUUGGUCUGCAGUGGGCUCUUCUCAUGCAGGGCUGGUUUCACUUCCUGGACCCGGUUGAUGGCACAAUCAAGAUUGGAAUUGAGAAUAUCAUCAAUGCUGACUUCUGUGUGGCUGGAUGUCUCAUUGCAUAUGGAGCUCUGCUAGGAAAAGUCAGUCCAGUGCAGCUGAUGGUCUUGACGCUAUUUGGCAUCCCACUGUUUGCGGUUGAGGAAUACAUCAUUCUUCAUGUUCUCCAUGUUCGGGAUGCUGGCGGAUCCAUGGUCAUCCACACUUUCGGAGCAUAUUACGGUCUGACAAUAUCAUGGAUUCUUUAUCGACCGAAACUAGACUUAAGCAAACGUCUGAGUGGAUCUGUCUACCACUCUGAUGUGUUUGCUAUGAUUGGGACUCUCUUCCUCUGGAUGUUCUGGCCCAGUUUCAACUCUGCCAUCUCAGAUCAUGGAGACGGACAACACCGGGCCGCCAUAAACACCUACCUUGCUCUGGCUUCGUCAGUCCUUACUACAUUUGCCAUAUCAAGCCUUUCAGCCAAGAAGGGAAAACUGGACAUGGUGCAUAUCCAGAAUGCAACUCUAGCUGGGGGAGUUGCAAUGGGAACAGCGGCUGAGUUCAUGAUCUCACCCUAUGGUUCUCUCAUCGUGGGCUUCUGCUGUGGGAUAAUCUCCACAUUCGGCUACCUGGUGUUGACUCCAUUCAUGGAGAAGUACUUGAAGAUUCAGGACACAUGUGGCAUCCAUAACCUGCACGCCAUGCCUGGACUUCUUGGAGGAGUCAUAGGCGCCAUCACAGCAGCUACUGCCAGUGAGAGCGUCUAUGGACAUGAAGGGCUAGUAAACACAUUUGACUUUGAAGGGUACUAUGCUAAAAGGACACCUGCCACGCAAGGAGGUUUCCAGGCUGCCGGUCUCUGUGUUGCUCUUGUUUUUGGAAUCGGAGGUGGAAUAUUAGUAGGCUGCAUCCUGAGACUGCCAUUCUGGGGAGACCCGGCCGAUGAAAACUGCUUUGAUGACGAAGUGUACUGGGAGGUGCCUGAAGAUGAGGAGAGCAUCCCUCCCAUUCUAGAGUACAACACCCACAUGGUCGGCAAAAAUGCAGACAUGACGUCGGAGUCUAACUUCACUGUGGAACAGAGCUAAUGCAAGACGUCUGUAUGACAAAAGAUGAACACAUCAUACCAAAAAAAGUCCAAAAAAAAAAAAAAAAAAAAAAAAGACCAAAAGAA